AUGUUUUAAAAUAUCAAAAACUUAUCGAUUUAAGCUAAAAAAGCAUUAAUAGGAGUCAUAAUUAUAAAAUUUGCAACUGGAUUUAUAACAACAUGGGGAAUAUUAAAUAUUUAUUAUUAUUGCUAUUUUAAAAGUGUAAAAAAAUAAAAAUAAAAUACUUAUAAUUAAAAAUAGUUAAAUCCUGAUUUAAAAAUAAAAGAAAUAAGUUUACUGAUUACGAUAACAACAAUACCAGUAGGAAUAGCUUCCUUAUUUUCAUUAAGAAUAUGCCGUAAAUAUGGUUAUGAACCAAUAAUUAGAAUUUCUGUUAUAAUUUCUUCUUGCAGUUUAAUUGUAUCAUCAUAUUAGGAUACUUUUUAUAAAUUCGCAUUAUUUUAUAUGAUAAUUCCUAUUUUUUUGAUAGGAUCAUGCGUAAUGCCUGUUUUGUAUUGCCUGUGGAGUCAUUUUCCUAAAAAUACAGGAAGCGCGACAGGUAUUGCAUUGGCCAGUUUUGGAAUUUCGGGAUUUUUAUUUUUAAUUAUUACAAAUAAAAUGGUAAAUCCAUAAAAUUUAAAAGCGGAAAUAGAUUAUUAAGAAGGAAAAUAAAAUUAUAAACUUUUUGGAGAAAAUGUAUUUAAAAAUAUUCCUUAAAUGGUAUUUAAUGUUGGCUUAAUUUAACUUGCUUUAAAUACAUUCGGCUGUUUUUUUAUUUCAUACAAUAAAAACUAGUAAGAUGACUUAGAAAAUAAUAAAUAAAAUAUUUAACAAUUAAUUCCUAAUAGUAUUAGAUCUUUAAAGAAAGAUAUUUUUUCAUAAAAUUUUUAACUCAUUUAUUUUUCAUCAUUUUUUAUUAAUUUUAUAUUUAUUUUUUUAUCAUUAAAUUUUAAAAUAUAUGGAUUAACGAAAAUUAAUAAUGAUCUUUUUUUAACUUAUUUAGCAACAAUAGCUUCUGUUUUGGGUAGUUUAUCGACUAUUUUUUGGGGAUUUAUUGUUGAUAAAUUUACUUUCGUAUAUAUUUACCCUAAUAUGAUUUUAUGUUUAAUUUUUUCUAUUUGCUUAUUUCCUUUACUUAGUUCUUUUAAAUUUUUAUUUGCUUUAGAUUUUAUAAUAUUCUCACUUGUUGAAAAAGGUAUAUAUACUAUUGUUGCCCCUGGUUUAGUUUAACUAUUUGGAAUGAGUGUUGGAGCUGAAUUAUCUGUUAUUAAAGGCACAUCUUUUUAUGCAGCUUUAUUUUUGGUUCCUAUUAUUUAAAUAUGGCUUUUACUUCAUUUUAAUUAUGAUUAAUGUAUUUUUUUUAUUGGUUUGUCUUUGUUUAUUUCUUAUUUUAUGUCUUAUUAUAUUCGUUGA